AACGAAACAAAUCAGAGGCAACCAUGUCUUCUGUACAAGACAGCGAUAACCUGUUUACCGCAAAAUCGUGUUGUUUUUAGUGACAUUCUAGGUACUGACUCACUUGUGAAGCGUUGAAAAAGGACUUGAACUGCCCAGAAGGUGUUUCCAACGUCCAAUCCGCAUUCAUAACGCUUAAAUUUUGUAAAUCACUCCUUCCAUCGAGAUGUCGAUUGCUGUAGCGACUCCGAGACAUUGCUUCGGCCUGAAGGCUGAUGUCGCUGACAAUAUUUGUUAUCUGGAUGAGCAGACGAUCAUUUAUCCAUCUGGAUCGAACUGCAUUUUAUUCAACAUCGAUCAGAAAUCGCAAAGAUUUAUUCCCGGGACUGACAAAAGCGCUGGAAUGACUGCGUUGGCUGUCAGUCCGAAUCGAAGAUAUGUCGCUAUCGCGGAGAAAGGAGAAAAAGCCACCAUAACCAUUUACGAUCUUAACACGCUGAGAAAGAAAAAAGUGCUUAGCUCUGCGGAGGUGCAGUCCACCGAAUUUGUGAGCUUGGCAUUCUCGCCGGAUUCAAAAUAUCUUGUGUCUCAAGGUGGAAGGCCUGACUGGACCUUGUUGUACUGGACCUGGGAGAAAGCUAAAGUAAUGGCUGUCACAAAAUCUACAAAUCAGAUGAAUUCCCCUGUUUAUCAGGUGACUUUCAACCCGCAAGACAACACUCAGCUUUGUGUGGUGGGCAAUGGAAUCUUCAAGUUGUUCCGCUAUAGCGAGGGAAAUCUAAAGCAAUUUGCUUUCCAGAAAAUGGAGCCACAGAACUUUCUGUGCCAGGCAUGGGUUUCUGAUGAAAGAAUCAUAGCUGGAACAGAUACAGGCAGACUUUUGUUGUUUGAAUCUGGAGAACUUAAAAAUGAAUUCAAUGUUCACGGUGGUGCUGCCAAUGCAUCUGCUCCCACAAGGCAAAGUAUGGCCAGUGUUCCUGAAAGUGGCAUCAGUCAAGAUGCUCUGCCACAGGUGACCUGUAUCAUUGCUUUCUCAAAAGGCUUCAUCUGCUCGGGCGGUGCAGGAACUGUACAUCUCUUUGAAAAGACGGAGGAAAAAGACUUCUACAAGAAGGCCCGAGAAAUAAAGAUUCCAGUUGACACACAAAGCCCCGACCUGCAGGUUUCAGAAAGUCAAGAGAUUGUCAAUCUGACUGUGAGUCCCUCAGAGGAGACGUUGGUUUGCAGCACGAAGUCAAGUCAGCUGUAUUGUAUCACCAUGUCUACAGCUGAUCUUGGAAAGGGCGAUAUAGCAACUUUGGAGUUGCUGUCACAGGCAUUCCACCGUGGCGUCAUCACUGGUAUGGAUGUGUGCAUAAGGAAACCAUUGAUCGCGACUUGUGGUUUGGACAGAUCAGUGAGGAUAUGGAACUACGAAGUUUGCUCACUGGAACAGUAUAAAGAAUUCCAAGAGGAGUGCUACAGCAUAGCGCUUCAUCCUUCAGGCUUGUACAUCUUGGUUGGAUUUAGUGACAAGUUACGGCUUAUGAACCUGCUGAUUGACGACAUCAGGUCCUUCAAGGAAUUUACCAUCAGAGGCUGUAGAGAGUGUUCGUUCAGUAAUGGCGGUCAUCUAUUUGCCGCUGUGCAUGGCAAUGUUAUUCAGCUGUACUCCUCAACAACAUUCGAGAACGUUGGCAACCUCAAGGGACACAAUGGAAAGGUUCGCCAAGUGAUCUGGAGCCAGGAUGAUAGUAAAAUUAUUUCCUGUGGUAUGGACGGUGCAGUGUACGAGUGGAAUGUGACCAGUUACAAGCGUGAAGGCGAGAGCGUGCUCAAGUCCUGUAGCUACACCAGCGUGGCGGUCUCCCCCGACAGUAGGACCACUUUUGCUGUGGGCUCGGAUAGGACGCUCAAGGAGAUUUGUGACUCGCAGAUUCUGCGUGAAGUGCCAGCAAGUGACAUCGUGUUGACGCAGUGCGUGAUGUCACGUUCCGGUCGAAUGCUCUUCGCUGGCACCAGCUCAGGGACCCUGCGCGCAAUGAAAUUUCCGCUGACCGUUCCUGGAGAGUGGCAGGAGCAUCAGGUGCAUUCCAAGCCCAUCACCAAGAUGCGCAUGUCUUUUGACGAUCAGUACCUGUUCACAGUGUCCGAGGACGCAUGUUUGUUCAUCUUCAAAGCCGUGGACAAGGAAGGCAGAGGAAUGAAACGUGACAAGGAAGUGGGGUACGCCGAGGAGAUCCUUAUCACCAAAUCAGACUUGGAAGAAAAGAACUCCAUGAUGGCCGAGCUGAAAACACGCGUUGAAGAACUCAAAAUGGAAAACGAGUAUCAACUGCGACUCAAAGACAUGAACUACAACGAGAAGAUCAAAGAACUGACGGAGAAGUUCAUACAAGAAAUGGAAUCGCUGAAAACUAAGAACCAAGUCCUGAAGACUGACAAGGACAAAGAAGAAGCGAAACACGAGGAGGAAAUUGCUGACUUUUUGGAAAAACACGGCAAAGAGUUGCAAGACUUAGAGUCAGCGAACAACCAGAAACUCAUGUCUGAAUACGAGAAAUAUCAAGAACUACAGGCUAAGAGCCAGAAGAUGCAAGAAGAUUAUGAGCGACAGUUGACGGAGAUGGAGGAAUCUAAAGAACAGGCGUUGGAGCAGCUGACCGAGUAUUAUGAGAAUAAACUCGAGGAAAAAAGCGCCCAGCUGGAACAGUCACAAGACGAGUCUCGGCAGCAGCUACGAGAAUACGAAGAAACAAAGAAACAAAUUGAAGAAGACGCAGACCGUGAAAUCCUGGACAUCAAAAACAAGUACGAACGAAGGCUGAGAGAAGAAAAAGAGGCUAACCUGAGGCUGAAAGGCGAAACAGGGAUUAUGAGGAAAAAGUUUACAAGCCUUCAGAAGGAGAUCGACGAUUACAAAGCUGAAAUACAACGGCAGCAGAACGAGAACAACAAACUGCAAGGAGUGAUCAAGUCUCUAGAGAAAGACAUCUAUGGACUGAAGAAAGAGAUCCAGGAACGAGACGAAACCAUACAGGAUAAGGAAAAACGAAUAUAUGAUUUAAAGAAGAAGAAUCAAGAGCUUGAGAAAUUCAAGUUUGUUUUGGACUACAAAAUAAAGGAGCUGAAAAAACAAAUAGAGCCCAGAGAGAAUGACAUUAAAGCCAUGAAAGAACAAAUACAAGAGAUGGAGAGUGAGCUUGAACGGUUUCACAAGCAAAACACGAGCUUGGAGUUGAACAUCACCGAGCUUAGACUUAAACUGAAGGCUACCGACAAAGAAAUGCACUCUCAAAGGCAAAGGGUUGGUGAUGUCGAAGCUAUUGUGAAGAGAUUUAAAACUGACCUCCACAACUGCGUUGGCUUUAUACAAGAACCGAAGAAACUGAAGGAGAAUGUCAAGUCUUUAUAUCAAAAAUAUGUCCAGGAUGAAUCGCUGGAUUCUGCUGGCGUGGACGCGGACAUUCAAAGAGAGUACGCGCGUCAGAGAGAACAUCUGGAGAGAAGUGUAGCGUCCUUGAGAAAGAAGCUUGCCAAGGAUUCCGAGAUCCACAGAGCAGAUAACGUCAGAAUUAUGCAGGAAAACGUUACUCUCAUCAAAGAGAUAAACGACCUCAGACGCGAGCUCAAAAUCGCCCGCACUCAAGUGCAUGACCUGGAAACCGCGUUAGGUGUCAUGCGCAAACAACAGCAAUUCCCCGAAGAUGAGGACCCUAGCAACUCGGAGAACAAACGCAACAUGUCCGACGAAAAUUUAGAGAUGGAAAAGAUGAUUGAUAUGCAGAAAGUCGAGAUUAGAAAAUUGCGCGUCCAAAUAAAAGAUAUGGAGACCGUCAUCAAUUCUCGACCGCCCUCUGGAUCGAGGUUACCACCCAUGACCGUGAAUUAGGAUUUUGGAGAGAAGUUUCCAUUUUCUCUUCGUGCGAGUGUUACGGACUUUUUGAAAGACUGAGAGUUAAAAACUACUUCUUGCUUUCUUUUUUGUUAUUAGCCGAAUUUUUUUUAUUCAGCUGCACAUGUAAAUAGCCAAACUCGAUAUAGAAAUUGUGGACUAAAACUUAAGUGCUCGAGUUGGUAUCCAAACAGCUUUUGAACCGAAUUGUAUAUUAUCUGAGCUUAUCCAAAGAGGCUGUAAAUAAAUCUGUAUUUUCAAUUUGGA